AGGUCCAGGCUCCAGCCUCCCAACUUACCUAGGUGCACCUCUUCCCAGAGGCUGCCGAAUUCUGGACUGGCCCUGCAUUUCUGAAGGCUCCCCUACACAGAGACAGACAGACAGCCCUAUGUAUCCAAAGCCAUCCGGGAGCAAGAUGGAGCACAGGCUUUUCUCCGUGCUCCUUUACGACAUGCAGGGAGGAGUUGGUUUGUUUUUGGUUUUGGGACAUGAUAGAGAAGCCUUUCCAGCCAGGACACCCCGCGCCCCCGCAGCUGCCGUCAGAAGUGGCAGCACAGUCCAGGCAGUGGGGCACCCCUUCCUCCUGCUUCUGGAGCAGCAUCUGAAAACCCAGCGUGACAGCACGAAGGCUGCCCAAAUGUCUGUUCCUUGGGGCUCGUGCAUGGAGCGAGGCAGGAGAAAGCUACUUCUUCGGUGAAUUCCUCCCUGCCGUGGCCGGGCUGUGUGUCGAGGAAGGGCGGGCACUCCUAUUCCGCGAGGGCGGCGGCGGCGGCGUUCUGCUCUGGAAGGCUUCUACUGGGGACUAUACAUCAGGAGAAGAGUCAGCCCGCAACAGCCUCUGCGUCGUCUCCCACUGCUGCUUGCGUGCUUUUUCCAUUCAUUUCUCCCGGCCGAGUUCUCCUUUCUUCUCUUCUCUUUUCCAGGGGCGACUCGCUCGUCCAAGCCGUUGCGCGCCCCGCCCCUUGCUUGCUUCGGGCCCGCCUCUUACUCCCCGGAGAGGCCGCCCGGCGCCCGCCUGCUUGCCUGGGCUGUAGCCGCCUGCCUGCCAGCAGCAGCAGGCAACGCUCCGUCUGCGGUUCCCCUUCAGUCGCGCGUCCAGGCAUAUCCAUACGACCUCCCACCCAGAGCUGGAGUUGCCCGCUUCCCUAAGCAAACAAGCGUCACCUCGUGUCUACCAGCAGCCCGGAGCUGAAGCGCAGCGGGCGCUUUUUGCAAGCCCGGAGGAGGCACACAGAGAGACCCAGACAGGGGGGCAGGCAGGCCGGCCGGCGGUGGCGGCGGCGGCGCCUUCCGAGGUUUUUUAAAAAGUGUCUUGACGACAAAGUCGGAAGCUGGAUUAUUUCUAAAAUAAAAACCAUGCAUGUACGUCUGUAGAAAUGGUUUGCGGCUCAGUCAAGCUGGAGCUGACUAAAUGAAACUAUGGGCUGUGCAUCAGCCAAGCAUGUUUCUGCUGUUCAAAAUGAAGAGGAAGCUCAGAAGGGGAAAAACUAUCAGAAUGGAGAUGUAUUUGGGGAUGAGUAUAGGAUCAAACCUGUGGAAGAAGUCAAAUACAUGAAAAACGGGGGAGAAGAUGAUCAGAAAAUAGCUGCCAGAAACCAGGAAAACUUGCUUGGAAAAAGUGGGAGCCCAGGGCCACUCACGAGGCAGCAAGAAAAAAGUGCCAGUUCACAUGUAAGGCUUAAGUCUAAUAAAGAGCUUCCAGGAUUAGUACAUCAACCUAGAGCAAACAUGCACAUCUCUGAAAGCCAACAAGAAUUUUUCAGAAUGCUGGAUGAGAAAAUUGAAAAGACAUUCCUUUUCCAAGUCAGGGCUAGCCCAGGAAGGAUCCAGCCAACUUCAUUUGAGAAAGGAGCCAGAAUGCUGAGGUCCAGCAACCAGAGCCGAGGUGCAAAACAGCAGUAUGCGAAGCAGCCAUAGAAUUAAGGAACACAUAUUCAGCCCAGGAAUUUGUUUUCAGUACCAGAAUUGAGUUCUCAGCCCUUUCACACAAAACAUCCACUUCUGGUUUUCUCCCUAAGCUUUUUUCAUUUUAGCAGCUUAAUUUAGAAGAUAUGUGCAUGAGCUUUUUGUCCCUGGUAAAUAACUCUAAGUCAGAGAACCAUGUUGAUCUAAUACUUUCUGACCACCUCUAUACAGAAAGCACCAAAACCCAAACUGGAGGUCUCAUUAUGUGUUCCUACAAAUGUGUGCACCCUGUUUCUUGUUACCCAGAGCAGUGUUCCCUCUGAGGCAUGCACAUGUACGUGCACUCACACAUUUUCUGAAGUCUGCAGUUAAUUUUAGAUCCCACACAGGAAGGCCCCACUCUGAAUGCACGUGCGCACACACUGCCUUGAUGCUCCCGCCCAGAACAAAACUCAUUCCACACACAGAUGAAAAAAAGUUAGAGAACACUGACCCAGAGUGCUGUCUAUUUCAUGCUUCCUCCCAUCCUACUUCCAGUAAUGUCUCUGCCAUCUAUCCAUGUGAUUUGGUUGAUCUUGUGGCUACAUACCACAUUAGCAGCACUUGCCUCAUUAGGGAGUGUGGUGCCCAACCACAAAAUCUGAAUGGAACAUGUGAGAUAAAGAUUUAGAUACUGCCAAAAGCACAAUGGGAGGAAGCAUGGAGGGAUUCACCAGAGACUAAGCUCAGUUCAAAAAUGUAGAAAAGAGUUAAUCACAGACUCGGUAUCCGUGGUAUCCAUGGUUUUGUGUAUCUGCAUUUCGGUAAUUGACACACAACCUCGGUAUAUGCAGAAAAAAAUGGGGGGGAGGAUUAACAUCUCAUAUCCAUGGGUUGGGGAAUGGCAAUGACUCAGAGGUCAUUUCCGGCUGCCAUUUAGAGACUGGGAGCCUUCAUAAACAAAACAACAAGACCUGCUAUUUUUGCAUGAUUUUUGCAUGAUUUUUUAAUAUUGGGGUGGACUGCUGAGGACCUUCAGUGCACAGUAGGCCACUUUUCCGCCACAUUUCUAGGGUUUUUAACCCUGUUUUCAGGACUUUUUACACCCACCAGGAACCUAUCCCCCUGAUUUGCAUAGCCUCAAUGACUCUGUAUUUGCAGUUUCCAUAUCCGCGGUAGUAGCAGAGAACAGAACCCCUACAAAUACAAAGGUUCUCCUGUGGUUCUUUUUCCCUGUGUAUUUUGCUGUGAAAUAAUGACUCCCCAAAGAGAAAAGCCCUGUUCAGGCAUGGAGAAAAGUUGGCAUGGUACUUGUGUACAGCAUCCCAGUGUGCUGGGAAAUCCUACUCUGGUGCUGAUACACAGGGAAGCAUCACUCCUCCCUGUGCUCUUCGCAGUUACAGCAUUUGUCUGAGCAGACAAAUGCCAGAAGUGUGACAGCAGCUGUUU